AUGCAAAAAUGGUAUCGCAGUUUCAUUCUUCUCCUCACCUUCCUCUUCUACACGGCCUACCAUCUGUCACGGAAACCUAUCAGCAUUGUUAAGAGUGAACUGCACAGAAACUGUUCCACAGUCAUUCAGCCAGUCGAGCUUAACAUAACCAAUAAUGCUACCUGGUGUGACUGGGCACCCUUUGACCAGGACAACUAUCAGACACUGUUUGGGGUCUUGGAUAACUGCUUCCUGGUUGCCUAUGCAAUCGGCAUGUUUUUCAGUGGGAUAUUUGGUGAACGCCUGCCCCUGCGGUAUUACCUGUCUGCAGGGAUGCUGAUGUCUGGAUUGUUCACAGCUCUAUUUGGCCUCGGUUUCUACUGGAAGAUCCACUCAUUGUGGUACUACGCCGUCAUCCAGGUCAUGAACGGGCUGGUGCAGACCACCGGCUGGCCAUCAGUGGUGGCUUGUGUUGGGAACUGGUUUGGAAAGGGGAAGCGUGGGUUCAUUAUGGGUGUGUGGAACUCCCACACUUCAGUGGGAAACAUCUUGGGCUCACUCAUCGCAGGGGUCUUUGUCUCCACAGCGUGGGGAAUGUCCUUCAUCGUCCCUGGCCUCAUCAUCGCCUCUACUGGGAUCCUGUGCUUCCUUUUCUUGGUUGAAAAACCUGAAGAUGUUAACUGCACACCUCCUGAGCACCAUAGUGACCAGGAGAGUGGUGAGACAGAGCCUCAGUUACAGGACUCGCCCCACAUGGAUGGAGCCAUCAAUGGCGCCAUCGCCACUGAGUCUCAGGAAAUUACUGAGGAGCAGACCGAGGCCAUUAGCUUCUGUGGAGCUCUCAGAAUACCUGGAGUGAUGGAGUUCUCUCUCUGUCUGCUCUUUGCCAAGCUGGUCAGCUACACCUUUUUGUACUGGCUUCCUCUUUACAUUUCAAAUGUUGCACAUUUUGAUGCAAAAGCAGCAGGAGACAUGUCGACACUGUUUGACGUAGGAGGAAUCCUGGUGUUUUCACUUUUCCUCUAUAAUUACAUUGGACAACGGAGCCUUGCUAUUACAAUUGUUAUGCUGCUGUUGUGUGGAGGCCUGGUGAACGGACCAUACGCCCUCAUCACUACUGCUGUAUCUGCUGACCUGGGAACACAUGAGAGUCUGAGAGGAAACUCCAGGGCAUUGUCAACAGUGACAGCAAUAAUUGAUGGGACUGGUUCAGUAGGAGCUGCGUUGGGUCCUCUGCUCGCUGGUCUGAUCUCUCCCACCGGCUGGAACAACGUUUUCUACAUGCUCAUUUCUGCCGACAUCUUGGCCUGUCUGUUUUUGUCUAGGCUCGUUUACAAGGAAACUCAGCGUUGGUGUGGACGUGCCCACCAAGCCAGAGGGUACAAAGAAUUCUGAAACACAAACUAGGAACAAACCAUAUACUGUAGGCUACAAGAGGGAAACAACGCCCAAACUGACCUCACUAUACAGACUUUUCAUUGUGGCUGGAUGGCAACCAAACCAUCCGUUGACGAUACAAGGCAUCGAACAAAUCACUGAAACCUUUGUCGUGAUUAAACAAACACAAAUACCAUUUUACUCAUGACCUUUUUUCAGUAAUCUUUUCAUUCUGAUGUGACUGUUUAUACACCUUAAUGAAAAGAAGAAUAUUAAAAGUUUAAAAGGUUUAAGUAUAAAGGCUUUUUCUGUCUUAGUUACUGCAUUUUCACAACAUUCAUCACUUUAGAUAAAAAAUAUUUCACACAACACUUGGUAGUAGUGGCAAUUUAGUCUGUUGUUGCCAGAUUUGACAGUUUAUACAUGAUUUAGUAAAGUAUUUAUCUAUGAUGGCAGACUACAGUCCAACAUUCAUAGAAACGGAGAGAAUGGGCUUGGUCUAUGUAGUUGAAGAGAUUCUUGUCAUGUCUGAUCAAAUAAAUAUAUAAGAAUCAUUUCCCUCCACAAUUGCGAUGUUAGGUAAAAGGUGUUAAAACAUCAUUCCAGACCCCCCUUUCCUGCAUUUUCCAUAUAUGCCAAUUCCAUGGAUGAAAUAUGAAUAUGUGGUGCAUAAAACAUGUAAAGAAAAAUAAGAGCUCCACUACCAGGCGCUGCUUAGCUCGGGGAUGAGCCUUUCAUAAUGGUGGGAGAUGCUGCAUUCCCCUUGAAGCCAUAUUUUGAUGAGGCCAUAUCCUGAGCACAAUCUGGCAAAGUGUAAUGAAGUUUUAUACCACCUAUGAAGAGGUGGUUGAAAAUGCCUCUGGGAUCCUGGCAUCAAGAUGGAGGAUGCUCUGAAUCUUUUUCCUCCUUUUUUUGGUGCCCCUUCAUCUGGUGGCAAUGUCGGU